CGUAUGGCGAUAACCAGAAAAGGCCAAAAAUUUAAAACAAGAAUAAAAACCAGCUUUGGUUGGGACCACUAAUCGAAGAGAGUUUUUAGAGAGAAAAACUCAAGAGUCGAUUUCACAGAGAAGUUGAGAACAAAAGAGAGGCUCACCCAAAAUGCGGGCCAUAAGUGACGCCAUGGAAAUGCCAAAGCAAAAUAAACCCAACAACGUGAAGCCAGUUCGUAAAUAAUGGAGAAACGUCAGUAUACAAUUGACAUUUGAGUGUUUUACUUUGGUUUGUCAAACGUUCAGUGGGACAGACAGACAGAAAAGGGAGACGAGUUUAAUAAAAUCAAAAUAAAAAACAAACAAACAAAAUAUUUUUGUUUUUGUAAAAUACCAACGCCGCAAAAGGGAAUAACGAAUCCAGGAAAAUCGGAAAUAUGUGGAAGCUCUUGUUACAAAGUGCAAUUGUGUGUGCUGCCCUAAGUUCGGUUUUGGCCAUUGAAUGCUAUGUGUGUGACGGUUCGGACACCAAUAAUCCCUUCCAGUGUGGCGAGUUUUUCGAACGCUUCGAUGAACCCGAUAUUCAACCACAAAACUGCUCCAAUGUCCACGGUGCCAAAUUCUGUAUAAAACAUGUGGGUCGUUUCGAGGGUGGUAUUGGUGCCAAACGUUUUUGCUCCUCCAAAGAUUUGGGCAACUAUUGUGACUAUGUACGCAACAAAGGUGAUCGCAUGGAUUACAGAUCGUGUAUUUAUACCUGCAGUACAGAUGGGUGUAACGCUGCCGCCAGUGUUUACCAACAACCUCUGCUCUCAGCGUUGAGUGUGGUGGUAGUAGUGUUGGGCCUAAGGCUGAGAGGUGUCUUCUAGAAGAAUUUCGGCAGACAGGUUUGGUAACUUACGAAUCACAAUUACAGCCAUUAUGGGUUUUUGCGAUGCCCCCCCGAACAGCUGCGUUGUUCCGGCCAAUGGGUCAACGACUCUCAACUGCAAGCAUUUUUUUCCUUUCAUAAACAACGAUAAUCAUUCUUUUAGUUAAAUACUUAUUUUUUCUCGAAUAGCUUUAUGUAAAUGUAGUCCAUACUCUUGACAGCCCCUCACUCCGUUUUCAACUUAGUUUUAAACAAUGACUUUAUUGUUAAAAUAAAUUUAAAAUAUGUAUUAUUAAGGAAAUAAAAUAAACAUGAACAAAAGAACAUGAAAAAAA